CGAGACUACAGUCCUUGGCGACAUGAAAACAAUAUGGCCACACAUGUUUCUUGUGUUUAUUCCACUAAUUCUUUGAAAAAAGUUCUUUGGACUUAAUAUCUGAAAAAACAAAACAGUAACCAUGGCUCGUAAUUUCCCAUGGCGACGUCACUUGAGCGACGCAGUGUGCUGGCACCAAGCAGAAGCCAUGAAUGCAACCAUCUUUAUUCUGAGGGAGAUGGGGCCCACUGGUUUCUUACUGAAGGAAGAUGGUGAAAACAGACAUUUUAAGGUGUACCUGGGUGACCCACAUCGCUGUACAUGCUCGGUCUUUAAGAAGGAGAAAGAUCUUUGCAAACAUAUCUCAUGGUUGCUCCUAAAGAAGUUCAGAGUUCCAAAAGAUAAUCCAAUAACAUGGCAGUUAGGUCUUGUUGAAAGAGAAAUUAAUGAGGUGCUGCAUGGACAAAUGGGGCAGCAGCAGAGACGGAAGAAACCUGUGUCGAAAAAGGUGUUAAGUGCCGCAGACGGGCGUGAGGUCAUGCAGCAGCGAGACAUUGCCCAGGAUGAUGUCUGUCCUAUCUGCCAGGAAGAGCUGUUGUCAAAACAUCUUCCAGUUACUUACUGCAAGUUCAGCUGUGGUAACAGUAUUCACAUCCGGUGUAUGAAGAUUUGGGCCGAACAUCAGCAGGGUCUUGGAAAGGAGGAAAUCAAAUGUCCAAUAUGUCGCGAGGACUUCGGGCCUCUAAAUCUACUCAAGAUGGAGUUCAGAAAUGCCACGGGUGAGAAGCAGUCCCCGGCAGUCAGGAUGGACCGACAUCUCGGAACUUGUUGUCGCAGCUGUCACAUAGCGCCCAUUGAAGGGAAGUGCUACAGAUGCUCUCAUUGCAUGGAUUAUUAUUUGUGUCAGCUCUGCUUCAACACACCAAUGCACACAAACCAUGCUUUUGAAUUUCGGCAUAAACGCAACCAGCGCUGGCGGUCGGUAGAGAGAACAUUUGGGGUGGCUCUCCCUCAAGCUGUCACUCAAGACUUGAUGAACCGAGACAUUUCUUCCACAGACUAUGACCUUCUACUGCAGCUUGACAGUGAGACAGCCCAGCAACCAAGCCAAAUAUCAGAGUCACUAAUUGAUUCUCUUCCGGUUGAAAUGGUGCGAAAUACAGGUUCUAUCUUGGCACCAGGUGUUCAGUGCCGAGUCUGUUUGCGAGGCUAUGAACCAGGGCAGAUAAUCAAGAAACUGCCUUGUAAUCACAAGUUUCACAAAGAUUGUAUUAAAAACUGGCUCCUGCACUCCCACCCAACUUGUCCCAUUGAUGGCUUGGUUGUGGACAUUCAACCUAACAGAUCCCAGCCACGAACAACUUCUGAACCACAGUCCACUUCUGAAGUGGAGAGUACUGUGUCACAGGAUCAGACCAUGCUAGUAAUCCCGGGUGUCGGGGUUCGCAUAGACACACGACCACAAGUCACAGUGUUCGAAGCCAGACGACCAUCACUCCAUCGACGUCUACCAAGAAACGCUCCACCUGUUCACAGACCUCCCUCCAGUAUGGAAAUAGCAGGAGUGCCAUUAGGUGAUAACCUCGGGAUGAUGUUGGAUACCACAUCUGAGCGCUCAGUGUCGUCCAACCGCUCGUUGCCUGGAUCUCACCUUCUGCGUAAGGCUGACCACCAGCGAGACUGGGUCGGACAGCAGCUGGCCAUUUUGGAACGCAGCGAGGUCGGGCGGAGAGUCACAAACAGUGAGUCGACACCUGCUGAAGGUGAAGGUUAUCAGGCCGGAGACAUGGCAAGUGAAGGAACACUCUCUGAUGUGAUUGGUUUACUGAGGACACCUGGUGGCAGUGCACCGCCCAGGAUGGAAAACAAACCUCCAAUUCCCAGCAGAGUAGCCAAUCAAAAUACUGCUAUUCAACGUACUGUAAGUCACAAUCCAAGAGGCAUAAAUGUGUCUAGUCAGAAACACACUCACGAGCAAGCCGAUAGAAGUAAUAUUCUUCAGGGUUUACAGACAUUUCAGGAUCUCUAUUUAGGCAACAGUCCUCAGAUUAAUCCACCAGAACAGGAAAUAUCAGUUCCGAUAUCAAGAGGUCGACUGCGACCAAAUGUGUUUAUGGGACAACGGAAAAAGAAGCCUGCUGUUUUACCUUCUCACCGGACCAUGGACAUGGCGUUGGAAGGAAACCAGAUAGCAAGUCUUACACUGAGAGAUAUUCUCCGACAGUGAAAAUCACGGUCAAGAUGUUUUACCACCAAAUCGGGAGGUAGUGAAUCUCAAGAUUCAUCAUCUGUGCCUGCAGCUACUACGAUAGCAGAUUCAUGUUUCAAAUUUAGGCUAAGGCUAAAAAGGACUUUACGUGCACAUUCAGAGCAAGCUGUUGUAGUGCACACCUAUACUGGGCACAGGGACUGGCCUUAGCCGGAUCUCUCUGUCCAUAAUUUAGGGCUGUUCCAAAAGUAUUUAUAGACCAGUGACCCAUAAAAUAAACCAAGUAAAGAAAAACAAUGCCGCAGACUCUUUAAUAAUUAAGGUGCCUGUCACCUCUCUAGAGCAGGGCAGUAUGGAAAUUUGACGUUCGGUAUCGAUAUAGGUAUUUUGGGGGUGAUUUACCUCGGUAUCAGUACUGAAUGUGACCUAGAUUGUAAACAAGAUCUCUAAGAAAUUAAAGAAUGGCGCCUCAUAUAGGAAGAAAACCUAAGUUGCUUUUCUAUUAUAAAACGUUAAGUAUUAAAUACUCAAGAUGGCAGUAUUAAAAACAUUGUUCUACUCAGUUGGUAGUCUGAUGGAAUCCAGCAUGAUAAAUAUACACAACUUCACAUACGUUGUUUUCACUUCCUAUUUAUUGCAUAAGUUUAUUUUGCACAAGAAUAUAUACACUGUACGAGUGGUAUGUUCCUUCGUAAAUAAACGAGUGCAAUAACUAGCAAGUGAAAACAACAUAUGUGAAGUGCUCUAUUUAUUACAUACCUUCUAAGUCCUUCUUUUAUGUUUUACAAAAACAGUUUUUAA